AUUCACAUUUUACGUCUGCACACAGUGUCGCUCCCUGGCGGACGUCAACGGCCCACCGCGAUCCUCUGCCCGUCGCCGUGCACCCGUCCGGUCUAUCCCCACCACCGCUGACGGGCCGGCCCGCAUGUGAGCAGUACCCAAGCCGGAAAGGCCUUUUAUCAGCUUUUAAGGCCGUUUUAGCUGCCACCGAUCGGAUGGCCCACGUCGGUGACCGGUACGUCAUGUCGUAACCGUGUUCAAAGGCCGCCUGGCGCGAAAAAUGUCGGGAAAAACAUGGUGGCCGCGUGCGCGGCGUACGAAUACGCUCACGUCGCUCUGGCGGCGGCAUCGGUGCGCGGCGCAGCGCACAGCUGUUUCCCGCCAUAACGUAGUUCAUUGUGUUGGCGUACGUACGUGCAUCGGUUACGCGCGCGCGCCAUUUUUUUUUCCUCGUCAGCUCCCCGUUGCCGGGCAAACCGCUGUCGUCGCCGUACGAACGCCCCGCCGACGAAACCGCGCGCAACCCUACGGGAUUUUCGUUUCGUCCGCCAGGCGACAAUUACUGAGACAUAUUAAUAAUAAUAAUAAUUUUUAAUAAUAUAAUAUCGACGACCGUGGAAUAAUAUCAGUUCGUGUGCGGGUCGUCGUUUGGAGAGGAAAAAACAAGGGGGACAUCAGUUUGUUCUGACCGAGCGCUACCCCCUCGCCAAAACAAACGCCCGAAAACCGCCGCCCGCCCGGUUCGCCAUCGUCUCGCGCGCGCCCGACGUCGGUCCGACGUUCCGCACGUAUCAUGGACACGGCCAUAACGAUCAGAUCGGAAGAUCGUUUCGACGAUUUGCAGCAUUACGACCACGAGGACUUGAACUAUUGCAGUUUGACAAACGCGUCUGAGGAAGGUGUGGAUUCGCCUCCAACGGGACUUACACCCAUCGUGGUAGGACACAGGACACCCCAGAUGAGCGUCACUAUGGAGCACGAGAAACGGAUGCGCCGGGAGAUUGCCAAUUCCAAUGAACGACGACGAAUGCAGUCGAUAAACGCUGGUUUCCAGAACCUGCGGACGCUCAUACCGCAUCACGAGGGCGAAAAACUCAGCAAGGCUGCAAUCCUACAGCACACGGCCGACUACAUAUACCAGCUGGAACAGGAGAAGACGAGACUUCUGUCGCAAAACUGUCAGCUAAAGCGGCUGGUGAGCAAGCAAGAGGGCGAGCUGCUGAGCACGGCCAGCGUGCACAAGAAACGCAAAAUCGACGACUCCACCGGUGUGGUGAUAUUGAACACGAACGUUGACGGUGAUAAUCGCAGCGGCGCGUUAUCUCCCGAUAACAUCCAAGUGAUCGGCACCUCAUCAGAAGACGGAGGACUGAUGAUCGACGAGGUAGCUGAGUUAAGAGCGCAAUUAGAACGAGAGCAAAGUCUACGUGUCGAGUUAGAAGAGCAAGUGAAAGUGUAUUCAGCCCGUUUAGGCGAAGUGUUUGUGGACCCAAAAACUACCACCGACAACACCCAGACUACGAUCCAAUACCAUCAUAAUACAAACACGUGUGUGGUUGGCGAGGAAGCUGGUAUGGAGAUUAUCGAAGUGAACGAGUCUGACAAUCUGGUUAUACAGCGAGAGCCAGAAGAAGAUACUGCACUGGUUAAGACUGAGCUCACCGUUACACCUGAAGAUGAUCGAUUGAAUCCAGUCAAAGAUGAAGCAGUCCCACAGCAGCAGCAAGUACUGCCGUCCGCACGCGUUUACCUCACCAGUACCUCCAGACAAAAUUUGGAGACCAUUGUCGAAGCAAUUAGACACCUAGAGGGUGAUCACCUGUUUAGUGAUGAUCAUCAGGAAGCACCCCUUGCGUUAACCAAACACGCGGCAACUAGCAAUCAGAAAUUGUUAAAGGUGGAAAUGAACCCUUUCCUCCAGUUCCACAGUGGUUCUCAGACUCCUCAGGGUACAACGGUGGUAACAUCAAACAGUCCCGUACGGCCGUCCAGACCUGGUGUUAUUGUUGGCAAACAAGCUUCGUGACUUCAUUAAAAAAAGAGGUUGUACAGUUUAUGUUACCACCAACCCUCUUUUCUCUUCAAUAUCUUCUUAAAAAAAAUUCUGAAACACUAUCUUGUAUAAGAUUGUUCACACUGUUUCAGAUUUCUAUACAAUUUCCCGAUACAUGUUAUAUAUUAUUAUACUCAAUUGGAAAUAACUUAUGUUUAUACAUACUUAUUACAUUUAUGUUUAUAAACAUUUUACUAUUGUAAAUACUAAUUAGAAUAUUUACAAACUUAUUAGUUCUCAUGAUGCCACAAGUGAAUACCGUUUAAACAAUAAUACUUUGGGCUUCUUAUUAAAUGUGUUUUAUAGCAAAUUACAAUGUUUUAAUAUAAAUUGUAUGACAAAUAAUAGCUAUUAGCUAUUAUGAUGUUUAAUUAUGUUCAAUGUUUAAAGAUUUUGACUACCAAUUGUGUUUCCAUAAGUCAUUUAUCUUUUACUUUUAUUCGAUAUUUGUAUAAUUUUGCAUACGUUUUUUUAUAUAUAUUAUGUAUAUAUUAAGACCUUUUGUUAAAAAAUGUUUUAUGAAUUUUCAUUUUGCAAUAUAUUGUUAUAUUUAACAUUUAACCUCAACUAUUUGCAAUAUAAAAGUAUACGCAGUAAUAGCAAUAGAAGUUCUUACAUUUUUUUUUUAUUUACUAUUGUUAUUUACAUAUUAUUAAUACUAAAAAUGUAAUUAUAGGAUAAAAUAUUUUUUUUAAAUUUAUUAAUUUAUUAUUAUUAUUAUUUUUUUUAAAUAUAGUUUUCUUGUUAUAUUUGUCUUAAUAAAAUCUUAAAACGCCCUUUUUUAUUUGUAUACAAAAAAAAUCGGUGCUAUUGAUUUUGGGUUUUUUUGUUUAUGUAAUUUGUUUGACAUAUUAUUCAAAUUAAUUCAAUUUACGUGGAUUGAGCGAUAAUGUUGCUUGCGUGGUGUACUAGUGUUCUGGUGGUCACAGUGUAUAAUAUGUUCCUCGGUCUUCUUAUAUUUUGAGUGUAGGUAAUGAAAUUAUCAAUGGCCAGUUAUUGAACAUUUAGCAAAAUUUAAUGUUGUUUUUCUUCUUAUUAUGGAUACAAUAAUUUUUGUUAUAAUAUUCAGAUCCAGUAUUCUUGCUUUGUUAUGUCUAAACAAAAAGUUAUAAAAAAGGAAAAAAAAUAAUGAUAAUAAAAAAUAAUUAGUGUAUUUAUUGUAUUUAUACACACAUUCAAAUAUUUAAUUACAUACAUUUAAAAAUAAAACACAAGGAAAAAUAAUUGUUGUUUUUCAUAUUUAGCAUAUUACUAUUAACUAAACAUAAUUGUAUUAUUAUUAUUAUUAUUAUUAUUAUUAUUAUAAUUAAUUAGGUAUUAUUUUGUAUAAAGGAAGAGAUUUGGAGUGAAAAAUAUUAUUAAGUAAAUGUUGUACGCCAUUAUCAUAAUCAUUUUAUUAAUAUUAAGAUUUUUGGGAAUUGGAGACUGAUAAAAUCAAUUCUUUUUGAGUUUAGAAACUCUUUUUAAGCAAAAAUUAAAUAAAAUUCCUAUAUCGAAAAAAAUUUACCCUUGAUAAGUUUUAGUGUGUGCUCUGUUAAGUUAAAAAUUAUUUAAUUAUAAAAUAUUUGAAAAUUUAAACAAAUUAGUUAAAGUAAAGUUCAUCAGUUAUUUAAAUUUAAGAAUAGACAAUUAAAACAUUUGCCAGAGAAUAUUGAAAUUUUCCUUUUUUGUUUGUCAUUUUUCUUAGACGUUUAGGACAACUUUUUACUGUAAUCUGUUUGUACAAGUUUGAUUAAAUUAAUAUUUUUUCUUUUUCAUUACAUUUAGGAUUUAUAUUGUUGGUUUUUAUGUUUUACUUUUCCAUAUAUUAUUUUUUCUUAUUAUAGCUAAUAAAACAUCUUUUCUGAAUGAAUCUUAAUUAUAUUAUAUACAUUAUAAAUAUAAUUUAUGUAUUUUAUACAGCUAUACAUGAUAUAUAAAUGUAAUUUUAUGUAUAAUUCUGUACAUACUUCUUAUCGACUUAAAUUAUUAUUUUACAAAUAUUAUUUAUUUGCUUUUAGAUUAAAUGUCCCAUUGUUUGCAUUUUUUCCGCACGAAGAUGAUAGUUUGCUGCUCAGGUCUCUGGCGCGCAUUCUUUCUACAUAGCGAUUGUGAAUGCGUUUCAUUUCCAAUAUCUCUUUCAUUUGCUCCUUGUCUUCAUCCUACGUACAUUAAAUGUUUUAAAAAAUAAAAUUAAAAUAACAAAAUAUUUCCUAUAACAAAAAAAAACUGAAUAAUAUUAUAGAUGAAAUAUGAAUAGUACGCUGACAUUUAUACCGGCCAAUAAUUUUGACCUAUUACGAAUAAGAUACUACUCUACUAUUAGUACUGUAUCCAUUUUAGAAUCUCUUGUGAACCAUAUUUUGUAGUAAUCUAUGUGUUUGUGCGGACAACUGAAAAAUCCAAUUGCUGUAUAUUUAUUAUAUUGUUUAUGUAAUUGUGUUUAUACUCUUUACUGUGUUUUGUACUGUAAUUUUAUUAUUAUUAUUAUUAUUAUUAUUAUUAUUAUUAUUAUUAUGAUUAUGAUUAUUAUUAUUAUUAUUAUUAUUUUUUUUUUGUUUGUUUUUAUUUUUCGAUCUCGUGACUGUGUAACAAUACAGUUGAAAAUAUUUAAUAAUUUUCAUCUUUUUA